AUGAAUAGCAAGUCUAGCAACCUUCAAAGUGUCAACACCAUCUAUCUUUCAGUGGGGAAUCCAUUUCAGGUCGAAAACCGGUCAUGGCAGCCGCAGGCGGUGGCUCGGCUGUUCAGAGACCAGUCAUUUGCUCUGAUUGAUGUGGAAGACGACCAAGAGCUUGAGCGCCUCGAACAAAUACUUGAAAUGAGCGACAGUGACGAUGUCAAUGCCAUGGGCUGGUGGCACACGGAAGCCGUUACGAGGCUACAGGGCAUAAUUCGACCUCCAGCCGAAAAGAUGAAGGCUUGGAGAGAUGCCAGGCUGCUCCUCUCAAAGGGAUGGAUGUCGCAUCGUUAUCCAAUGUUGCCGCUGGCUGAGAGCUUUUUGGAUCAGAUGAGCCAAGAAGAGGCUGAGAAGCUAUAUCCCCAACUACCCACCGUCAGAUUGGUGCAGACAUUCGAGCUAACACCCGUCUCCCGGUUUACGAAACGGCAUAUGCAAGAAGAUAUCAGAGGCUGA